CGGCUUGGUGGCAGUGGUCGACUCCUCAGUUCUUCCCUUGCCACUCAACGACGCGCAUUCCUUGGCGCAGUGGGAGCCUUACUUGGUUUUAUUUGUACUUGUGCAAAAAGUGCAACACAAAUUCUGCGACAUAUUUGUGCAUAGUGGUACGAAAACUUGUGAAGAUGGAGCCCAAGGUGACUGUGGGUGUGACCUUGUUGGUGGUGAUGGUUGUGGCGUUCUCAGGAGUGGAGGGGGCUGGGAAAACGGCCGUGUGCAACAAAUACCCUCCCCUCGUCGGAUUUGAAAUGGACCGGUACUUGGGACGUUGGUGGCAAAUGGAGAAGUCGCCCAAUUGGGCAGAACUUCCAGGAAAAUGUUGGUCCUCGUUCUACUACAGGGACGCCUCCAAUCCAGAGAAAGUCAAACUGCGGAUGGACUACGUUACGAGAUUGACGAAUGCACCCAACACUUUCUUUUCCAACCUCGUGAUUGAGAGCCCCUCUCACGACCCAUCCAACUUCAUGUACACUGCUCCAGCCAUGCCAUGGAGAAAGAAGCACUUCCGUGUCCUGGCCACUGACUACGACAACUUUGCGAUCGAAUACAUGUGUCAAGUCAACAUGAUGAACAAUGUUGAGGAGACAGUGUGGCUUUUGACCCGAGACCGUCGCCCUUCGCUGGAGGUGAUGCAACAGGCCAGACACACGCUCCAGGUCCUGGGACUCGACAAGGUCAAAAUGUACGAGGCGGACCAGAGCUGCGAAGAAAAGCCGUACAAACCCAAUUCCAUGAUGGACUGGUUGUCCCCGUCGACCUGAGGGACGCACACGGAGGACCACUGCCAAUAACGUGCAUUUCUUAUUUAUUUUUAUCACUGCUCACCACAAAUGUCCUAUUUAUUUAUGCAACAUUUCUCCUCACCACCAAGUAAUAAAGUGCAGAAAGAAAUGUUACAAAA